AUGCAGGUAGUGCUUGUAGAAAUACACCAGAUGAUACAGGUAGAGAUUGUAGAAAUACAUCAGAUGAUACAGGUAGAGAUUGUAGAAAUACAUCAGAUGAUACAGGUAGAGAUUGUAGAAAUACAUCAGAUGAUACAGGUAGAGAUUGUAGAAAUACAUCAGAUGAUACAGGUAGAGAUUGUAAAAAUACAUCAGAUGAUACAGGUAGAGAUUGUAGAACUACAUCAGAUGAUACAAGUAGAGAUUGUAGAAAUACAUCAGAUGAUACAGGUAGAGAUUGUAGAAAUACAUCAGAUGAUACAGGUAGAGAUUGUAGAAAUACAUCAGAUGAUACAGCUAGAGAUUGUAGAAAUACAUCAGAUGAUACAGCUAGAGAUUGUAGAAAUACAUCAGAUGAUACAGGUAGAGAUUGUAGAAAUACAUCAGAUGAUACAGGUAGAGAUUGUAGAAAUACAUCAGAUGAUACAGGUAGAGAUUGUAGAAAUACAUCAGAUGAUACAGGUAGAGAUUGUAGAAAUACAUCAGAUGAUACAGGUAGAGAUUGUAGAAAAUCCAUCAGAAGAUGCAGCUAGAGAUUGUAGAAAAUAA